GUUUGUGCUCUGCUUGUCCAAGCCUGUCAGCUGGUUCACCUUGAUCAGGAACAUCUUGUCAGCAAACUUUGUCAGCUUAUCCAUCACUUACUUAACAGAUUUCAGGUGAUGGUUGAUGAACAGAACUUGAAUUUUCUUCUCUCCUACUGCAUCUCUGCUCUUAAGCAGUGCAGUUCUUGGACACAUGUUGAAAUUCUGCAAGCCUUAGCAGCUCUUGUUUACAAUAAUGGACCUAAAUGUCAGAAGUAUCUCCCGGAUUUGCUGGGCCAGGCUGGGCUCUUGGUGCAGUUCAGUGAUUCUGCUCAGCCAGACGUGGAACUCAGGAGGGCAGCGGUUCGCAGCAUGGCCAACCUGUGUCUCAGUGUGCCUGGACAGCCCUACUUGGAUGAGUCCUACAGAAGUGUCUGCUUUCAAACUUUCCUAAGCGUUCUGCAGUCUUCAAAAACUUCUGAUGUAGAUGACAUCACUUUUUGCAUGUUACUACAAAAUGCACUGAAAGGUAUCCAGUCACUUCUCAACGGUGGGAAGAUGAAACUAAUGCAAACUGACCAAAUUGGAUCUCUUCUUGCUGUAUUAAAGAAAUGCAUGUUUCACGGGCUGCCAGGACUGAGCAUAGAAAUGCCCACAGCCUUGUACCCGGCACCGCUACCUCAGUAUGAUAAAAGGUCGCCUCUCAAACUGGAGCCGUCGGAACCGGCCACCUCUAAGCAGGCAGGGAACCGAAGAAAAAGGUCCAAAGGUAAACAGAAGAAGGGAGAGCUUGGGGAAGAAGGAAGAGAAGAUUUGAGUGAUGCAGGAAACGAGUCAGUCCUUGCAGCAGACGUGCAGAAUUUGUGCCUGGGGGCUGUGCAGGACAGUUCCUGUCCGGAUCCUCGGACUCGUGUGUCAGAUGUUGCGUGCGUGCCUGCUGGAAAGGAUCACCCGUCCUCACCUUACGCUGGUUGGAAAAGAAUCAGCAGCAGUGAGUCGGAAUAUUCAGAUGCUGAAGGAGGAAUACAGAGCAAAGUGAGAUCUUACCAAGCCAAUGUUCGUCAGGGGGCUCUAGCCUGUUUCCUCUCUGCCAUAAAAUCAAUAGAAAAAAGAGUUCUUUAUGGCUACUGGUCAGCGUUUGUUCCUGAUGCGCCUGGCAUUGGCAGCCCCCAGUCAGUGUCCUUGAUGACAAUUGCUUUAAAGGACCCUUCUCCAAAGACUCGUGCCUGUGCUCUUCAAGUUCUGUCCGCGAUCCUGGAAGGUUCAAAGCAGUUUCUUUCUGUUGCUGAAGAUGCUAAUGAUCACAAGAGAGCUUUUACUCCCUUUUCUGUAACGAUCGCUUCUAGCAUCCGGGAGCUGCACCGCUGCCUGCUGCUAGCCCUGGUGGCAGAAUCCUCUUCUCAGACACUGACACAAAUAGUGAAGUGCCUCGCCCAUUUGGUUUCGAACGUGCCAUACAGCCGAUUGAAACCGGGGCUGCUGACAAGAGUUUGGAACCAGAUAAAGCCCUACAUCUGUCACAAAGAUGUCAACGUUCGAGUUUCCAGUCUCACGUUGUUAGGGGCUAUAGUGUCUGUCCAAGCACCUUUACCAGAGGUGCAGUUACUUCUGCAGCAGCCCAGUUCUUCGGGGCUAAAUAGCAGCGGUAGCGCAACCCCUCACCGUUUGAAUUCCGAGCAGUGGAGAAAAGCUCCCCCCUCGGAAGGGGAACCUCCAGAUAAUCCGGCAGGGUGUACGUCCUCAGAACCGUGCUGGCUUCUCCGUCUCUGCGUUUCCAUCGUCGUUCUGCCCAGAGAGGAUUCCUGCUCGGACAGCGAUGCUAACUUUCCAUCCUUUUCCAGCAUUUAUGAACCGUGUCCCCUUCGACUGGAAUCCUUACAGGUGUUGGCUCUUCUCGUAAAAGGUUAUUUCUCUAUGGCCCAGAGCUAUUUCCUAGAACUUGGAGAAGUGGCUUGCAGAUGCAUGGAAGAAAUGGACCCAUCCAUUCAGCUUCACGGAGCUAAACUCUUGGAGGAGCUGGGCACAGGGGUGCUGCAGCAGUACAAACCCGAUUCAGCCGUUGCUGCUGACCAGAGAGUGCCGGUCAGCGUGGUUGUCACUUUCUGGACUAUGAUGUUAAAUGGCCCGUUACCGGGCACUCUGCAGAACUCUCCACACGCGACUCUUCAGACAAGCGCCUGUGACGCCCUGUCCUCGAUCUUGCCAGAAGCUUUCAGCAGCCUGCAGAAUGACCAGCAGAUCCUGUGCGUCACUCUGCUGCUUGGCCUGAACCACAGCGAGAACCCGCUGGUGAAAGCUGCUGCUGCACGUGCGCUUGGAGUCUACGUCCUCUUCUCUUGCCUUCGUCAGGAUGUGAUGUUUGUGGCAGACACGGCCAACGCUAUUCUGGAUUCCCUCCACGACAAGUCUCCGAAUGUCCGUGCCAAGGCGGCUUGGUCCCUGGGCAACCUUACCGAUACUCUCAUCAUCAACAUGGAAACGAUGGGACAAACUUUUCAAGAGGAAUUUUCUGAUCUCCUGCUGUUGAAAAUGUUACGCUCUGCAACUGAAGCAUCCAGGGACAGAGACAAGGUGAAGAGUAACGCGGUCCGAGCCCUCGGCAACGUGCUCCACUUCCUUCAGCCGUAUCACGUAGCAAACCCCAGGUUCAGGGAAGCCAUCGAGGAAUCUCUCCAGGCCCUUAUUUCCACUGUUCAGAGCGAGGCCACUAUGAAAGUGCGCUGGAACGCUUGUUACGCGCUCGGGAACGUGUUUAAGAACCCUGCCUUGCCGCUCGGAGAGGCUCCUUGGACCACACAAGCGUAUAGCGCCCUCUCCUCAGUAGUCAAGUCCUGCAAGAAUUUUAAAGUCCGAAUCAAAUCAGCCAUGGCCCUCUCCAUCCCUAGCAAGAGGGAAUGCUACGGCUCCACGGAGCAGUUCUGCCAGAUCUGGAGCGCCUUGGUGCUAGCCUUGCGGAAGAGUGAAGACACUGAGGACUUCCUGGAAUUCAAGUACAGCGCCAGCCUGCGGACGCAGAUCUGCCAGGCGCUGUUUCACUUGUUAAGCCUGGCGAAGAGCACGGACCUGCCGGUCGUUUGGAAAACUGUGACGGAGGACGGGGACGCCAUCAGACCCUACGUCUUGCAGUACCUGAAAUCUGGAGGUGAAGAAAACGAAACGGGAGUGCGUGCGGACUCGUGCGAGAGGGAGAGAGCGUUAAAAGGAGCCAUUGAACAUCUCGCUGGGAUAGAGAAGCAGCUGGAGGGUAAAGCCAGGGUACGAGUGUCCCUUUACCUGGAAAAUGUCUUGAGAAACCACACCAACACCACGGAAUUAACAGAGUCUUAA